UUUAUGGGUAAUGCGAGAAGCCAUUAGUGUGCAUGGGUUUUAACAUCGCAGAGUCAAGAGUAAAGGGUAGACAGGAAUAUCAACAUACUCCAUUAAAGGAAGUUAUGCACCAUCUUCAAAGUUAAACGAAUUAAUGCAUAAACAACUCACCCAAAGUCCGACCUCAUGCGACCCAAAUCUGGAUCUAGAGGCUCGCUGUGUGACUUCGACUGAAGAGCAACAAGCACCUCUCCGAGGCCCGUACACACCACUGGUACCAGCACCAUCGGGAGACGGUAGAUCGGGGUCCCCCACUGUUCCAGAUGGAUCUAAUCGUCUCGAUGUCCACAGCGCUUCUCAUCCUCUGCAGGCUUACAAUCAUGGGCUGAGCACUGGGCUGCAGGGAACCAACCAGACGAGCCAUGGGCUGCAGGGAACCAACCAGACGAGCCAUGGGCUGCAGGGAACCAACCAGACGAGCCAUGGGCUGCAGGGAACCAACCAGACGAGCCAUGGGCUGCAGGGAACCAACCAGACGAGCCAUGGGCUGCAGGGAACCAAUCAGACGAGCCAUGGGCUGCAGGGAACCAAUCAGACGAGCCAUGGGCUGCAGGGAACCAACCAGACGAGCCAUGGGCUGCAGGGAACCAAUCAGACGAGCCAUGGGCUGCAGGGAACCAAUCAGACGAUGGAAGCUUUGACCCUUGAAGCAGAGUUGGUCUUAAAACCUCUGGAACUCUGCUCACGGUCUGACAUCAAAGUGGCCAGCAGCAUCACCACCGCGGCAAAGAACAGCAGCCAGAGUCUUCGCUUCGACCCAGAUGUAACGCCUUUCCCGCUCUUUAGCUUCGAGUUGGCCAAUGAAAAGAGCCCCGCCAUGCCACGCGUUAACACGUUUGGUCUGGCACCAAGUUUGUUAGGUCGAAGGUCAUCUGAACCACUCGUCAACAGAUGCGAAGGAACGGAGGCUAAAGACAGCCAGUGUAAAGCUUUUGCAGCAACUGUACGAUCUCCCAUAUGCAAGUCCUGCUUCUGUCCAGCAGCUAGAGUUGCCACAACGGCUGAAGGUUCGCAUCACAUCCCCGCAGAGAGUCAGGUUAGAUGUCAGCCUGCUGCAGGCGCGGUCACUGCCAAGUUACCCGACGCCUUCGGUGAUAUCCCUAAAGAGAUCAAAGCUAACUCUGAGGAAACUACGGCCAUCAAUCCGGCUUCUGGGGAUCUACGCAGCACCCCCGUGGCCAAUCAUUCAGAAGAGGAGUGCUGUAGGAUAUGUCAAGACGAUGGCACUUAUGAGAAACUUGUCUCACCCUGCUAUUGUUCUGGAACUGUCGGGUUCGUGCACAUGUCCUGUCUGGAGACCUGGCUGGGCCUCAACGGCCGGACAGCCUGCGAGCUGUGCUCCUAUCCGUUCCCUGUGGUCAAGAUCCACCCCACCAUCUGGCAGUACUUCAGGAGACCACUGGUCAACAUGGACUUUGCCAGCCUGCUGUGCGACAUCGCGUGCUUCUGCGUCCUCACCCCCCUGCUGGUGGCCAGCACCUACCUGUGCAGCAUCGGCGUGGCACACUACGAGGAGGUGGGUAAGACGGGCUCCGUGUUUGCCAUCGUCACACUGAUGAUCUCCCUCAUCGCCGUCUACAUCUCCUGGGCUGUCCUUGCCGUCCUCUACCACCGCCGCGUCUUCUUGACGUGGAGAGAAAAAACCGCGCAGAUCCGGAUGUGGACUGACAAAACGCCCCCGCCCAUGCCACGGAAGUGCCCAGACACCAGCCACGAGCAGGCGCACCGAGAGGACCCAUCGCCCGCGGGCCGGAUUCUCGGAGGUAUGCACGUGUUCCUGCGGCCAAUGCUCUGGUACUCCAGUAACAUGCGGCCCACGGCAAACUUAGCGGCAAACGGUAACGGCAAUGCCAACAUAAACUUGAUCCCUAUCCAUCUGCCUCACGUCCAACAUCUGUGUUAAGAUUUGAUUUGCUGCGGGACCAUUACUUCAAGGUACUGUGCUAUUUUUAAGCCGUCAAGAUGUUAAUAUACAGCAUCAUAUGUAAAGGCCGGGGCCGUAGUAGGAUUUAAAGUCAAUGAACUUAUGCAACUUGAGCAGCCAGCAGAUCUUAAAGUAGCGCUACUUGAAAUAUAAACGAUUGCCUUAUAGCCACCAGUCAAACUACGUAAACCAGCGUUGGUCUUUCAACACCGUGUUACAUCAGCACAUGCAAUAGGUCAGCUUAACGUUUAUGUCUUUUGAUGAUAAAAAGCAAAUGUUUAUAAUAAAAAAUGAAACUGGU